AAUCUUAGAGCUGUAAUGGGAUUUGCAGCGGACUCGGGGUGCGCUAUUCAUUAGUGGCUCUGAGCGCGAUUCGCACGAUAACACAAUCAGUGGGCGAGGACACAGUGAGCGCGCGGCGCGGCCAGCGAUAUACUUAGACGCGGCGUAACCGAGCGCGUGGCGAGCGCGCAGCUUCUCGGAAAGCGUUUUCCUCGUCAGAGCGCGGCGCGGUGACGAAUCUCGACGUCAUCUGUGACGCUUCACCCGCGAUAAAAAGCAGGUGGGGGCGCCGCCGGCGGCCCUAGUGAAGCCGCGGCCGCGAGAGCCGCACUGCGCCCCGGCGCAGCAUUCGCAGCACCCGCAGCACCCGGCGCCACACUGGCCCCCAGCCAUGCCUGUAUGGAGCCCGCGCCCUGCGCAUCUUCCUCCUCCGACGAGUCCGGCUCCGACUCGGGGGAUGACACCGUGCCCGCCGACCCGGGCACGUGGCAGCGGCGCGACGUGGUGCGCUGCGUGCGUUGGGCGGCGCGCACGUUCAAGGUGCGGGCGCCCCGCCGUCAUUUGCUGCCGCGCACCGGCCAGCAGCUGCUCGCGCUCGACGACGCCGCCUGGCUGCAGGUGUGCGAGGGAUGUUCGGCGUCGGCGCGCAUCUUCAGCGCGUAUGUUGCGCACGCGCACGCCAGCGCCACGGGCCGCCCGCCGCCCGCACCGCUGCCCGAGCACCAGGCAGCCGCCACGUCCUCCCCAUACCCGCAGCCCGGCAACGACACUUCUCUACCAGGUCAGGAUGAAACGAACAUUAUAGUCUCUCUAAUAAUCAUCAAUCAUACAUAAUGUAUUAGACGCCUCAUGACGACUGAGAGUCUUCAGGUGGCGCUAUCUUUUUGCGCGCCAAAUCCUGUGAAUGAAGCUUGUAGCGGCGUCGACGACGCUGAGUCAUCGCCUCCCGCUCCCCCCGCGCCCCCCCGCGCCCCCCGCGCCAUUCA